AUGGACGUGGACUUGGACGUGGACGUGGACGUGGACAUGGACGUGGACGUGGACGUGGACAUGGACGUGGACAUAGACGUGGACGUGGACAUGGACGUGGACGUGGACGUGGACAUGGACGUGGACGUGGACGUGGACAUGGACGUGGACCUAGACGUGGACGUGGACAUGGACGUGGACAUGGACGUGGACGUGGACGUGGACAUGGACGUGGACGUGGACGUGGACGUGGACGUGGACGUGGACCUAAACGUGGACGUGGACAUGGACGUGGACGUAGACGUGGACGUGGACAUAGACGUGGACGUAGACGUGGACGUGCACAUGGACGUGGACGUGGACGUGGACAUGGACGUGGACGUAGACGUGGACGUGGAGGUGGACGUGGACAUGGACGUGGACGUGGACGUGGACGUGGACGUGGACAUGGACGUGGACAUGGACGUGGACCUGGACGUGGACGUGGACAUGGACGUGGACGUGGAUGUUGACGUGGACGUGGACGUGGACCUGGACGUGGACGUGGACAUGGACGUGGACGUAGACGUGGACGUGGACAUGGACGUGGACGUAGACGUGGACGUGGACAUGGACGUGGACGUGGACAUGGACGUAGACGUGGACGUGGACGUGGAGGUGGACGUGGACAUGGACGUGGACGUGGACGUGGACGUGGACGUGGAUGUGGACGUGGACAUGGACGUGGACAUGGACGUGGACUUGGACGUGGACGUGGACAUGGACGUGGACGUGGACAUGGACGUAGACGUGGACGUGGACGUGGACAUGGACGUGGACGUGGACGUGGACGUGGACAUGGACGUGGACGUGGACAUGGACGUGGACGUGGACAUGGACAUGGACGUGGACGUGGACAUGGACGUAGAAAUGGACGUGGACGUGGACGUGGACAUGGACGUGCACGUGGACGUGGACGUGGGCGUGGACGUGGACGUGGACGUGGACGUGGACAUGGACAUGGAGGUGGACGUGGAUGUGGACGUGGACGUGGACAUGGACGUGGACGUGGACGUGGACGUAGAAAUGGACGUGGACGUGGACGUGGACAUGGACGUGGAUGUGGACAUGGACGUGGACGUCGAAAUGGAUGUGGACGUGGACGUGGACAUGGACGUGGACGUAGACGUGGACGUGGACGUGGACGUGGACGUGGACGUGGACGUGGACAUGGACGUGGACAUGGACGUGGACGUGGACGUGGACGUAGAAAUGGACGUGGACGUGGACGUGGACGUGGACAUGGACGUGGACAUGGACGUGGACGUGGACGUGGACGUAGAAAUGGACGUGGACGUGGACGUGGACAUGGACGUGGACGUUGACGUGGACGUGGACGUGGACGUAGAAAUGGACGUGGACGUGGACGUGGACGUGGACAUGGACAUGGACGUGGACGUGGACGUGGACAUGGACGUGGACCUGGACAUGGAGGUGGACGUGGACGUGGACGAGUACAUGGACGUGGACGUGGACGUGGACGUGGACGUAGACGUGAGCGUGGACAUGGACGUGGACUUGGACGUGGACAUGGACGUGGACUUGGACAGGGACAUGGACGUGGACUUGGACGUGGACUUGGACGUGGACAUGGACGUGGACUUGGACGUGGACGUAGACGUGGACGUGGACAUGGACGUCGACGUGGACGUGGACGUGGACGUGGACAUGGACGUGGACGUGGACGUGGACGUGGACAUGGACGUGGACGUGGACGUGGACAUGGACGUGGACAUGGACGUGGACAUGGACGUGGACAUGGACAUGAACGUGGACGUGGACAUGGACGUGGACGUGGACGUGGACGUGGACGUGGACGUGGACAUGGACGUGGACAUGGACGUGGACUUGGACGUGGACGUGGACAUGGACGUGGACGUGGACAUGGACGUAGACGUGGACGUGGACGUGGACGUGGACAUGGACGUGGACGUAGACGUGGACGUGGACGUGGACGUAGAAAUGGACGUGGACGUGGACGUGGACGUGGACGUGGACGUGGACGACGUGGACGUGGACGUGGACGUGGACGUGGACACGGACACGGACACGGACGUAGACAUGGACGUGGACGUGGACGUGGACGUGGACCUGGACGUGGACGUGGACGUGGACGUGGACAUGGACGUGGACGUGGACGGGGACGUAGACGUGGACGUGGACGUAGAAAUGGACGUGGACGUGGACGUGGACAUGGACGUGGACAUGGACGUGGACGUGGACGUGGAUGUAGAAAUGGACGUGGACGUGGACGUGGACGUGGACGUAGACGUGGACGUGGACGUGGACGUAGAAAUGGACGUGGACGUGGACGUGGACGUGGACGUGGACGUGGACGUGGACGUGGACAUGGACGUGGACGUGGACGUGGACGUGGACGUGGACGUGGACCAUGGACUGGACGUGGACGUGGACUUGGACGUGGACGUGGACGUGGACGUGGACAUGGACGUGGACAUGGACGUGGACGUGGACGUGGACGUGGACUUGGACGUGGACGUGGACGUAGAAAUGGACGUGGACGUGGACGUGGACAUGGACGUGGACAUGGACGUGGACGUGGACGUGGAUGUAGAAAUGGACGUGGACGUGGACGUGGACAUGGACGUGGACGUAGACGUGGACGUGGACGUGGACGUAGAAAUGGACGUGGACGUGGACGUGGACGUGGACGUGGACGUGGACCUGGACGUGGACGUGGACGUGGACGUGGACGUGGACGUGGACGACGUGGACGUGGACGUGGACGUGGACGUGGAUACGGACACGGACGUAGACAUGGACGUGGACGUGGACGUGGACGUGGACGUGGACGUGGACGUGGACAUGGACGUGGACGUGGACGGGGACGUAGACGUGGACGUGGACGUGGACGUGGACGUGGACGUGGACGUGGACAUGGACUUGGACGUGGACGUGGACGUAGAAAUGGACGUGGACGUGGACGUGGACGUGGACAUGGACGUGGACAUGGACGUGGACAUGGACGUGGACGUGGACAUGAACGUGGACGUGGACAUGGACGUGGACGUGGACGUGGACGUGGACGUGGACGUGGACAUGGACGUGGACAUGGACGUGGACUUGGACGUGGACGUGGACAUGGACGUGGACGUGGACAUGGACGUAGACGUGGACGUGGACGUGGACAUGGACGUGGACGUGGACGUGGACGUGGACAUGGACAUGGACGUGGACGUGGACAUGGACGUGGACAUGGACAUGGACGUGGACGUGGACGUGGACGUGGACAUGGACGUGGACGUGGACGUGGACGUGGACAUGGACAUGGACAUGGACGUGGACGUGGACGUGGACAUGGACGUGGACGUGGACGUGGACGUGGACAUGGACGUGGACAUGGACGUGGACGUGGACAUGACGUGGACGUGGACGUGGACAUGGACAUGGACGUGGACAUGGACAUGGACGUGGACGUGGACAUGGACAUGGACGUGGACGUGGACAUGGAACGUGGACGUGGACAUGGACAUGGACGUGGACGUGGACGUGGACAUGGACGUGGACGUGGACGUGGACAUGGACGUGGACAUGGACGUGGACGUAGACAUGGACGUGGACGUGGACGUGGACAUGGACAUGGACGUGGACAUGGACAUGGACGUGGACGUGGACAUGGACGUGGACAUGGACGUGGACUUGGACGUGGACGUGGACAUGGACGUGGACGUGGACAUGGACGUGGACGUGGACGUGGACUGGACAGUGGACAUGGACAUGGACGUGGACAUGGACAUGGACGUGGACAUGGACAUGGACGUGGACGUGGACAUGGACGUGGACAUGGACGUGGACAUGGACGUGGACUUGGACGUGGACGUGGACAUGGACGUGGACGUGGACAUGGACGUAGACGUGGACGUGGACGUGGACAUGGACGUGGACGUGGACGUGGACGUGGACAUGGACGUGGACGUGGACAUGGACGUGGACGUGGACGUGGACGUGGACGUGGACGUGGACCGUGGACACGUGGACAUGGACGUGGACGUGGACGUGGACGUGGACGUGGACAUGGACAUGGACGUGGACCUGGACGUGGACGUGGACGUGGACGUGGACGUGGACGAGGAUGUGGACGUGGACGAGGACGUGGACGUGGACGUGGACGUGGACGUGGACACGGACACGGACGUAGACAUGGACGUGGACGUGGACGUGGACGUGGACCUGGACGUGGACGUGGACGUGGACGUGGACAUGGACGUGGACGUGGACGGGGACGUAGACGUGGACGUGGACGUGGACGUGGACGUGGACAUGGACGUGGACGUGGACGUGGACGUGGACAUGGACGUAGACGUGGACGUGGCCGUGGACGUGGACGUAGAAAUGGACGUGGACGUGGACGUGGACAUGGACGUGGACGUGGACGUGGACGUAGAAAUGGACGUGGACGUGGACGUGGACGUGGACGUGGACAUGGACGUGGACAUGGACGUGGACGUGGACGUGGACGUGGACAUGGACGUGGACGUGGACGUGGAUGUGGACGUGGACGUAGUUAUGGACGUGGAGGUGGACGUGGACGUGGACAUGGACGUGGACAUGGACGUGGACAUGGACGUGGACAUGGACGUGGACAUGGACAUGGACGUAGACACGGACGUGGACGUGGACAUGGACGUGGACGUGGACGUGGACGUAGAAAUGGACGUGGACGUGGACGUGGACAUGGACGUGGACGUAGACGUGGACGUGGACAUGGACGUGGACUUGGACGUGGACGUGGACAUGGACGUGGACAUGGAGGUAGACGUGGACGUGGACAUCGACGUGGACGUGGACGUGGACGUGGACAUGGACGUGGACGUGGACGUGGACAUGGACGUGGACAUGGAUGUGGACAUGGACGUGGACGUGGACAUGGACGUGGACGUGGACAUGGACGUGGACGUGGACAUGGACGUGGACGUGGACGUGGACAUGGACGUGGACUUGGACGUGGACGAAGACCUGGACGUGGACAUGGACGUGGACAUGGACGUCGACGUGGACGUGGACGUGGACGUGGACAUGGACGUGGACGUGGACGUGGACAUGGACGUGGACGUGGACGUGGACAUGGACGUGGACAUGGACGUGGACAUGGACGUGGACGUGGACAUGAACGUGGACGUGGACAUGGACGUGGACGUGGACGUGGACGUGGACGUGGACAUGGACGUGGACAUGGACGUGGACUUGGACGUGGACGUGGACAUGGACGUGGACGUGGACAUGGACGUAGACGUGGACGUGGACGUGGACAUGGACGUGGACGUGGACGUGGACGUGGACGUGGACGUGGACAUGGACGUGGACGUGGACAUGGACGUGGACGUGGACGUGGACGUGGACGUGGACGACGUGGACGUGGACGUGGAAGUGGACGUGGACGUGGACACGGACACGGACGUGGACGUGGACGUGGACGUGGACGUGGACCUGGACGUGGACGUGGACGUGGACGUGGACGUGGACAUGGACGUGGACGUGGACAUGGACGUGGACAUGGACGUAGACGUGGACGUGAACGUGGACGUGGACGUAGAAAUGGACGUGGACGUGGACGUGGACAUGGACGUGGACGUGGACGUGGACGUAGAAAUGGACGUGGACGUGGACGUGGACGUGGACGUGGACAUGGACGUGGACAUGGACGUGGACGUGGACGUGGACGUGGACAUGGACGUGGACGUGGACGUGGAUGUGGACGUGGACGUAGUUAUGGACGUGGAGGUGGACGUGGACGUGGACAUGGACGUGGACAUGGACGUGGACAUGGACGUGGACAUGGACGUGGACAUGGACAUGGACGUGGACAUGGACGUGGACGUGGACAUGGACGUGGACGUGGACGUGGACGUAGAAAUGGACGUGGACGUGGACGUGGACAUGGACGUGGACGUAGACGUGGACGUGGACAUGGACGUGGACUUGGACGUGGACGUGGACAUGGACGUGGACAUGGACGUAGACGUGGACGUGGACAUGGACGUGGACGUGGACGUGGACGUGGACGUGGACGUGGACAUGGACGUGGACGUGGACGUGGACAUGGAGGUGGACGUGGACGUGGACGUGGACGUGGACAUGGACGUGGACGUGGACGUGGACAUGGAGGUGGACAUGGAUGUGGACAUGGACGUGGACGUGGACAUGGACGUGGACGUGGACGUGGACGUGGACGUGGACGUGGACUUGGACGUGGACGUGGACUUGGACGUGGACGUGGACAUGGACAAGGACGUAGAAAUGGACGUGGACGUGGACGUGCACAUGGACGUGGACGUGGACGUGGACAUGGACGUGGACGUGGACAUGGACGUGGACGUAGAAAUGGACAUAGACGUGGACGUGGACAUGGACGUGGACGUAGACGUGGACGUGGACGUGGACGUAGACGUGGACGUGGACAUGGACGUGGACUUGGACGUGGACGUGGACAUGGACGUGGACAUGGACGUGGACGUGGACGUGGACAUGGACGUGGACAUGGACGUGGACGUAGACGUGGACGUGGACGUGGACAUGGACGUGGACGUAGAAAUGGACGUGGACGUGGACGUGGACAUGGACCUGGACGUAGACGUGGACGUGGACGUGGACGUAGACGUGGACGUGGACGUGGACGUGGACAGGGACGUGGACGUGGACGCGGACAUGGACGUGGACGUGGACGUGGACGUAGAAAUGGACGUGGACGUGGACGUGGACGUGGACAUGGACGUGGACGUAGACGUGGACGUGGACGUGGACGUGGACGUGGACGUGGACAUGGACGUGGACGUAGACGUGGACGUGGACGUGGAUGUAGAAAUGGACGUGGACGUGGAUGUAGAAACCGUUGGAUUCCCUCUACUUUUUGAGAAAUGA